AUGGUCAAACCCGUGCACGAACUUAGUAAGAGCAAAUACUAUCGAUUUCAUCAAGACUAUGGUCAUGGCACCGAGGACUGUAGGCAAUUGAAGGACGAGAUCGAAGCCCUCAUCCAAAGAGGACGUUUGAGCCACUUUGUUAAGAAAGAUGGAAGUGAAAGGAGGCAGGAGUAUCGUCCCUGGGAGACUGAGGAGAAGGCCAAGUCACCUGCUUGGUUGGAUAGGGAAGACCGAGCAAGGGGGAAACGACAUAUUGAGAAUGCCUCACUUAGGGAAAUCGCUACCAUAUACAGGGGCCCAGGAUUGGGAGGUGAAUCCUCCAACUCUAGGAAGAAUCAUGCUCAGUGCUCUCCCCAUGAUGAUGCCUUGGUAAUCAAAAUGACCAUUGCUAAUUGCACUGUGGCCAAAGUCCUUGCGGAUAAUGGAAGCUUGGUUGACAUCUUAUACUAUGAUGCAUUUGAGAAAAUGCAUCUGAAACCCGAGAUGCUGAAAAGGGUUGAGUCUCCUUUGUACGGAUUCAAUGGAGCCCUGGUGCACAUAGAGGGGUCAAUUGAAUUAUUGGUGAUGGUAGGGAUGGAACGCAAACUCUCCGUGAUGAUGAUGAACUUUUUGGUGGUGAAGGCGAACUCUACCCACAAUGGGAUACUAGGGCGACCAGGACUCAACACUCUCUACGUCGUGGUCUCCACCCCCCACUUGGUGAUGAAGUUCCCUACUGAUCAGGGAAUCGAGGAAUGCAGAGGAAGCCAGAUAACUACUCAAAAAUGCUACGAGGGUUACUUGAGAGCCAAGGGUAAGGAGCCCCAGACGCUCCUAAUCAACCUGGAGGAUGAUCGGGACAACUCCGAGCAUGAAAGAACAGAACUGUGA